AUGAACAUUCCUGGCUACUACUUCGACCCUGAGAAGAAGCGCUACUUCAAAAUCGAGGGUAGUCAAACAGCACCCACCCAGUCAGUCUGGUCUCACGACAGUGUCAAGAAGCGCAAGCUUGAGGAUGAGAACGCAGCUGAGGUCUUGCGGCGCUUGACAUUGAACAAGUACCGCAUCAAGCGUGCACAAGCACUGAACGACCCCUUUACUGGUGGGUUCCUAGCUCGUGAAUAUGGUUCUACGCAGCAAGAUAUGAUGCCUGCCGUCCUUGCAGACAGCUUUGUCGAAAAGGGAAGUAUCUCCUUCAUCGAUAAUCGGUGGAGUCCAUCACAAAACCUAUCAUCUAUAUGUAUAAUUGGGGAUGAUCCUUGGACUGACCUUGGCAUUGGAUACGUCUGUCCUGAUGGUUCCGCACUUACAUCCACAUAUUUACCAAGAGACAAAAACGGCAGAGUUCAUCGUCAGCUGCUCACCGGAUACGAUGUUCCUGGACACCACAUCGCCCCUUACCAUGAAGCUUCUCUUGACCAGAUAUCGUCUGUCAAGUUCCACCGCCGCCGAGGCAUUCUGAUAGUAGCAUCUCGCGAACCUAAAGAGUUUGCUUCAUUGCGAGCAGUAAAGCCGUUGCAAGCACAUUGCUCUCAGCGACAAAAGACCAUGCCAUUCUGGCAGCUUGGUAUGCCUCCCUACGCACAAAAUAUCUUGACGACUGGCCCUCCGAUUAUCAGAGAGCCGUCCUCGGAAAAUCCCCGUUGGCCGAAGAGCUCUCGUCCGAAUAAUUUAGCCAGACGCCCAUUAGCAGACUUUCACUUCAAAGGUUCUCGACAGUAUGAGGUGAAUGCAGUUGCAGUCGGCCCUGACUGGUCUGACGAUAUAAUUUGUGCUGUCGGGACCAACCGUGGAAUGUUGUUGUGGAAAGGCGAGCAUUGCUCGAGGUUGAGUGGCUCGUUUGACUGGGUCGCACCAACCAUGUCAAGUCGUUUGCUCUCAGACAAGGCUUUCCACGAUAUAUUCGCUGUCGAGUUUCGCCGAGGUCACGAGAAUGUUAUUUUUGGUGGCGGCCGCUCGGGGAGAUGCUUCCUUGCUGAUACUCGCCUCGCCGAUACAGGAUGGAUGUCUUUCCGCCAUGCGAGUAGUAUCACACACAUAAGAUCGCUCAACGAGCACCAUGUCCUGGUCAGUGGCCUAGAGAGCACGCUUGAGACGUACGACCUCCGCAUGAUCAAGGGACACACUAGAAUUGUGUCAACAAAAGGCUGCGAGAACAGUCAAAGAAGAAAGGCAGACCGCAGUGUCAUCUCGUUUCCUGAGUACAAGAACAAUGCCCACAACAAGAUUGGUUUCGAUGUCGAUCUCGAGGCGGGGAUCGUGGCUGCUGCACAUGACAAUGGCAAGCUUGCCCUCUAUUCCCUCAAGUCGGGACAUCGAGUCAAAUCCUCCUGUAUUGACCGAAUUGAUGCCGGAGCAAUUGGGCGUGGCCCUAUCGAGGCUCUACAAUUUGAGAAGAUGUCUAGGGAUCUGCAUUCAUCUUUAUUCAUCGGAGUUGGCAGACAUCUCAAGGUUUGCUCCCUGGGAAUGACUGACAACGCCGAUGAGAUCUAA